AUGGAUUCAAAUAAUUCAAACAAUCUCAACAAACUUUUUUGGGAGGUGAUUGAAGAAGAACUUAUGGACAACACAGACGAAGAACUAUUGUUGUCAAUGCUCGAGAAGGAACGUCAAUCUGGAAGUUCAUCAAAGCAAAAAAGAAGAUCAGUGAUAGAUCGGAAUUGUGAAGAAGGGAAUAUACGAUUAUUCAACGACUACUUCUCAGAAAAUCCAGUAUACACUGAUGCCCAAUUCCGUAGAAGGUUUAGAAUGCAUAGGCAUUUGUUUCUUAGAAUUGUAGAAACCCUUGGAAAUCAUGAUGAAUAUUUUCAAAUGAGGGUCGAUGAAACUGGUAAAAUGGGUCUUUCACCAUUGCAGAAGUGUACUUCUGCUAUUCGUAUGUUGGCAUAUGGAUCUUCCGCUGACAUUGUAGACGAAUAUGUUCGAAUUGGUGAAAGCACUGCAAUUGAGUGCUUAGAGAGAUUCGUAAGGGGCGUGAAUGAGGUAUUUGGGGCUGAGUAUUUGAGAAGGCCUAAUAACAAUGAUGUUGAGCAUCUUUUACAAAUGGGGGAGUCACGUGGAUUUCCAGGCAUGCUAGGUUCCAUUGAUUGUAUGCAUUGGGAAUGGAAGAAUUAUCCUGUUGCGUGGAAAGGACAGUUUUGUCGAGGUGAUCAUGGUAAACCCACGAUUAUGCUUGAAGCAGUGGCAUCACAAGACUUAUGGAUUUGGCAUGCAUUUUUUGGUAUUGCAGGUUCAAACAAUGACAUUAAUGUGCUAAACCAAUCUAAUGUGUUUAACGAUAUUUUGGAAGGACGUGAUGCUAGUGUGCAAUAUACAAUCAAUAGGACUCCAUAUAAUAUGGGGUAUUAUUUAGCAGAUGGUAUAUAUCCUGAGUGGGCUACAUUUGUCAAGACCAUUUCAAUGCCGCAAGGAGACAAGAGAAAACUAUUUGCACAACACCAAGAAUCAGCUAGAAAGGAUGUGGAACAGGCAUUUGGAGUGCUUCAAUCUCGAUUUGCAAUAAUACGUGGUCCAGCGCGUGCUUGGCACAUGGAAACCCUCAAGCAUACCAUAUAUGCUUGCAUUAUAUUGCACAACAUGAUUGUCGAAGACGAACGACACACAUAUGGAGGUGAUUUUGAUUACUGUUACGAUAAUGCAGGUAACAACAACUCAACGACUGAAACAUUUAACGGUCCUCAUCCGAAUCUUGCAACAAGACUACAAAGAAGGGCAACUCUUCAUGAAAAACAAGUUCAUCGCCAACUUCAAGGAGAUCUAGUCGAGCAUAUUUGGGAACGUUUUGGACAUGAGGACGAUGAAAAUUAA